GUUUUGCAACGGGGAGUCGUUCUUCACACUGCUCGUAGGGCUCUGACCUAUCAUUCCCAUUCCUCGACGAUUUUGGCCCGGACACUCUCCAAAAUCCAGCAGGAUGGACCCAAGCGAGUCCCAGGGCGGCCACAGUGACGGUGCCCACGAGUCGGCAGGUUCCCCGCCUAACUCGACUCAUGCACAAUUUGCUCAGGCUUUGAGAGAACUUUCGAGAGGCGAGCAAGCUGCAGCUGCUCUCGAAAAGAACCUGUCAAAUCUUGAGAGCAAGCUUGACGAGAUUUUGGCGUCGUUCGAGGACAAUAUGCCGGCGGCCGAUGAAAAGGAGCCUGCGCAACCGCCAACCGGUCACGGCAAAGAGCCAGCUAAUGGAAGUGGGAAUGACGGUAACAGAUAGCAUGGCCGCUUGGCCACCGAGGACUGGAUAG